CCCAAGAUGGCGGCCGCCGCAAAGCACGGCGAGCGCCUGCUGCAUGGGAUUAUUCCCACGUCAUACAGGCUACUGCACGUGCCAAACUCGGCCAGCCCGCCCAGGACCACGGACUGCCCAAGAUCUCUAAGGUGUCGUGGGUCUCUGCUGGCCGCGGCUUGGUGACGAGCCCCUGUGAGUGUAGACUUGGGACAGCGGCUUGCCUGGAGAUACCCCGCCUACUGGGCCUGAAGCCGCUCGCACGCGUCGGCGCCUUUUGACGCCACUGGGGGCGUGUCGGCGCGACCCGCUACGUAGCCACGCGCGGACAAUGGCGACGGAAGCAACCUAAGGUGGACUGCGUUUUCAAAUAGUUUCCCGACGUGGCCGGUGGGGAGCUGCCGUACCUCCGGCGCCAUCGGCAGUGACGGCGGCGCGCUUGCGCGCUCCCGCUGCGCCCUGGACAGAGCGUUGGCUUUGAGGCCCAGCGGAGCCAGCCAGCCUCAUUUUGGCCACUUCUUAUCUCUGAACACUGUCCCUGGGGCUAGAUCAGAAACAUGAGCGGUAAUAACUUAAGUGGGAACGACGAGUUUAAUGAACAGUUGCGAAUGCAAGAAUUGUAUGGAGACCCCAAGGAAGGUGACACUCAAAAUGAGCCCGUUGGAGAAAGCGAUUCUUUGGGGCAGCCGCCUGCUGACACUCCCUAUGAGUGGGACUUGGAUAAGAAGGCUUGGUUCCCUAAGAUCACAGAAGAUUUCAUUGCGACUUAUCAGGCUAACUACGGCUUCUCUAGUGAUGGCGCAUCUAGUUCUACUGCAAGUGUCCAGGACACCAAUACUAAGAAUGUCGAAGAACCUCCACAAAGAGAAAUCCCUGAAACCACUGACCCCAGAAAGAAAGGAGAAAAGAGAAAGGUUGAAUCAGGAUGGUUCCAUGUUGAAGAAGACAGAAACACAAAUGUAUAUGUAUCAGGUUUGCCUCCAGACAUUACAGUGGAUGAAUUUAUACAGCUUAUGUCCAAGUUUGGCAUUAUUAUGAGAGAUCCUCAGACAGAAGAAUUUAAGGUCAAACUUUACAAGGAUAAUCAAGGAAAUCUUAAAGGAGAUGGGCUUUGCUGUUAUCUAAAGAAAGAAUCUGUGGAACUUGCAUUAAAACUUUUAGAUGAAGAUGAAAUUAGAGGCUACAAAUUGCAUGUGGAGGUGGCAAAGUUCCAGCUGAAGGGUGAAUACGAUGCCUCAAAGAAGAAAAAGAAGUGCAAAGAUUAUAAGAAGAAGCUGUCUCUGCAGCAGAAGCAGUUGGAUUGGAGACCUGAGAGGAGAGCUGGACCCUCCCGGAUGCGCCAUGAGCGAGUUGUCAUCAUCAAAAAUAUGUUCCACCCCAUGGAUUUUGAGGAUGAUCCAUUGGUGCUGAAUGAGAUCAGAGAAGACCUUCGUGUAGAGUGCUCAAAGUUUGGACAGAUUAAGAAGCUCCUUCUCUUUGAUAGACACCCAGAUGGUGUGGCCUCUGUGUCCUUUAGGGAACCAGAGGAGGCUGAUUAUUGUAUUCAAACUCUUGAUGGACGGUGGUUUGGUGGCCGUCAAAUCACUGCCCAAGCAUGGGAUGGGACUACAGAUUAUCAGGUGGAGGAGACCUCAAGAGAAAGGGAGGAAAGGCUGAGAGGAUGGGAGGCAUUCCUCAAUUCUCCUGAGGCCAACAGGGCCCUUCAGCGUUCAGAUUCCAUCUGUGGCUCAGAAAAGGCAGGGCCUUCUAGAGUAAGGCAUUUUUCUGAGCGCCCAAGCAUGUCUAACACAGGUGCUCAGGAAGCUGCAACUGGAAUGGCAUUUGAAGAAGCCAUUGAUGAGAAGAAAUUUGAAAAGGCAGAAGAUGAGGGAGAAUUUGAAGGUGUUGCUUCUGAAAAAUAUGCUGAAGAAAAUGGGCCUGAAAAGGAGAUUAAAGAAGAGGACUGCUCUGAGAGAGAGAGUGAAGAAGACGGCUCUGAGAAGGCACUUGAAGAGGGUAAUCCUAAAAGUGAGUGUCAAGAGAAUGGCUCCGAAAAAGAAUAUAAGAGAGGCAGAGAUAGUUGUGAAAAGAAUGGCCUUGCAAAGAAGUCUGAAGACAGUGACCCCAUCAAGGAGUCUGAAGAAGAAGACAGCCUCAAGAAAGAGUCGGAAGGGGAUGACUCCGAGAGAGAAUCUGAUGAAAACUGCUCGGAAAAGCAGUCUGAAGACAGCUCCGACAAAGACUUAGGAGAAAAUGGUGUUGAGAAAUAUUUUGAAGAGGAUGUCUCUGACAACGAGACCCCUGAAAACCUUCUUGAGAAAGAGUUAGAAGAAAAUGAUACUGACAAGUCAGAAUUUGAAGAAGACUCUGAAAAAAUGUUGGAUGAAGAAGGCUCUGAGAGAGAAUUGGAUGAAGAUUCAGAUGAAAAGGAAGAAGAAACCUACGAAAAGGUUUUUGAUGAUGAGUCUGAUGAAAAAGAGGAUGAAGAAGAUGCAGAUGAAAAGGGGUGUGAAGAUGCUAAUGAAAAGGAAGAAGAUGACACAGAUGAGAAGCUCUUUGAUGAUUCAGAUGAAAAGGAAGAUGAAGAAGAUACAGAUGUAAAGAAAGAUGAAGAUGCCUAUGACAAGCUAUUUGAAGAUAAUUCCAAUGAGAAGUUGUUUGAUGAGGAAGAAGGUUCCAAUGAGAAGUUUUUUGAAGAUUCUGAUGAGAGAGCAACUCUGGGGAAUGUGAAGGAAGAUGGGUUUCAGUCCACAGACAGCAGCUUUGUCCUCAGUAGUAGUGAUGAUGAUGAUGGUGAUAAUGAUGAAAUUUAAUCUUUUUCACUUGCUUUUUAGGGAGAGCCCUACAUCUCCAUUUGCCUGUGCUUCAGGGUCAUUAGUAGUGUUACAUGAAAAUGUGUAUAGUGGUAGGAUGCCAUCAGACUAAUCCCUCGCAGGUUUCCAUUUUCACCUAUACCUAAGGAUUUUGAAUAUCUUCAUUGGCUCUUCAGUUAAAAGUUCAUAGUUAUAAUGCAAGUAAACUGGAUACGUGUCCUUUUGUCAGAUUUGUUAAAUGCAUGCAAAAGAAUAUUUUUUAAAGUAUUCUGAUUGGAGUUUGUGAUAUUCAGAAAUAAAGAUAAAUUGAUAAUAUGCAGAAAAUGAGA